CAGCCGGGAGCGGCACGUCUCUCUGCAGCGCGGCCGCAGACAGCCCCAUGGAGCCCGGGGGAGAGGCACGGCGCGGCGGGGAGCGGCGUGAGGAAGAGGAGGAGGAGGAAGGGCGCCGGCGCGGGGGCUCCGGGUCCUCCAGCGACUCCGAGCCCGAGCCCCCGGCCUGCAGGUCCAGACGGGUGUCGUUCGCCGACGCCUUCGGCCUCAACCUGGUGUCGGUUAAAGAGUUCUGCACCGUCGCCACGGCGCCCCCCCCGCCCGACGACGAUUACCACGACGACGACGACGACGACGGCGACGACGACCCCGCGCCGGCCCCGGAGCCCGAGGAGUACUUCCUGCGCUCCCAGUUCUCCGUGCCGGCGUCGGCCGCCGAGCUCCUGGCCAAGCUGGAGACGCAGCCGUGCGAGCUGGAGUGCGUGGAGCUGCUGCCGGGCACCACCACGGUGCGCGGGAUCGUGCGCGUCCUCAACCUCUGCUACCACAAGGCCGUGUGCGUGCGCGCCACGCUGGACGGCUGGGCCUCCUGGUUCGACCUCCCCGCCGACUUCGUCCCGGGGUCCAGCGACGGGAAGACCGACCGCUUCGCCUUCUCGCUGGGGCUCGCCGCCCCGCUGCCGCCCGACGGAGCCAGGGUGGAGUUCUGCCUGCGGUACCGGACGCCCCUGGGGACCUUCUGGGCCAACAACAGCGGGGUGAAUUACGUGCUGUUCUGUCAGCAGAGGGGGGCCAGAGACAGGAAGGCGGGUCAGUGUGAGGACCCCAGCCACAGGAACAAGAAGAGCUGUCUGAAGAUCAACAGCAAAGAAAAGCCCACAGACCCAAACACACCAGUGAUUUCUGCAGGAAAUGCAGAUGGACCUCUCAAUGAACAGGAAGCGGAUGUCAGCAAGAAGACAGAAGAGCCUGCUCCAAACUCAGACGGACUUCAGGAUGACAGCUGUCAAAAAUCUUUGGUGGAGAGUGGACGGAAUGUCUCGAGGAGAACCAGGCGCAGGGUGGCGCGCCUGGCGCAAAUACGCGACCGCUACCGCUACUCGAGGGACAGCCAGAGCAGCGAGGACACGGACUCCCCCGUCAUGUGGGACUGGAGCCAGAGGGGGCGCAAGGAGCAGGUGGAGUCAGACGGCGAAACCCUCCAGCCGUCAGCCGCGGUGGAACCAGAGGCCCUGCUGCUGGCCCUGACGUAUGCCGCCACCGCGAACACAACUCCCGACGGCCCUCGUGAGAACGGACAGGACCUCGGUGAGAUGUCGACAGAUGUGGAAACGCGGGGCACCACACGCGCGUUUGAAAGCGUCGAGGACGGACAGGCGAGUGGAUGCGCCACUGCAGGGGGAGGGGGAGCAUUUCCAACUGCAUUCUGGGAUUCGGGAGCCCCUCCGGGAGCUGUAUGGGACCCAACAGCCCUGCAGAGAACUCUAUGGUGUCCAGAUGUCCCUCAGGGUGCACCCUGGGACUCGCAGGGAGUUCUCGCGGAAUCAGCGGCCAUUUUGUCCGAAGUUGCCUCUGGGCAGGAGAGCAGCCCCCGAGGGAGGGAGGAGGAGCCAAGCAGACAGACGCAGGCUGCUGAUGACAUCAUCGCGAGCGAGCGGGGCUAUCUACGCGCUGACAUCGCCGACGUGAAGGACGAGGAUCGACAGCGCAGCCGUACGAUCGGCGGAGACGGGGCCAGAACGGACUCGCACCGCGCCGGCCUCGACCGGCCCCGGGGCGAAAGGGCCCGCGGCGACUUUAAAUUCGAGACCUUCGUGGCCCCGCUGUACCACCAGGCCUCGUGCAGGCGCAGGCCCGAAAGCCAGGACGUCGGCGGCGGCGGCGGACAGUGGGAAGGGGAACAGGCGUCCGACGACGAGGACGACGAGGGCGGCGAGGACGGCCACGACCGCUCGGGCGCCAUCGCGAACGCCCCGCCUCUCUUCCCCUUCGGCUCCUACGCCCCGCCCGUCCACCCGCUCCAGACGUCAGGGACCGCAUCAUCACCCCGCGACGACUCGCCGAGCGCGGAUACACACGCACCCCGACCAGGACCAGGACAGCCGGGUUAUGGUCAGGAGGACACACCGCCUCGCCGGGAAACCGGCGACCCGGCAGCAGAGGUUAUGGCAGUUGAGCAAGUCGCUGAAUACGGAGCGGAGAUCAUUUUAGACAGACGUGUUCCCCGCAGAGCUGGAAUUGUCAGACAGGACGAGGAACUUUUGUUUGCAGCCAAUGCCGUAGAAGGGACCCAAACCUUGGGGGACGCAGAGACAAAGACUGAUGCGACCGCUAUGAUAGGUGCAUUAGCGCCUUCAAACGCCGAUGUUAGUAGGCUAACUCUCCUUUCAGCACAUCCUGAGAAUGAGAACAAACAAUAUGACCUGAGGGGAGAUCGUGUGACCUUUACACAGGCUUUCGGUGAGACGGGAGGAGAUUUCACUGAGGGGGAGGGACAGGUGGUCAGAGAAAAACCAAAAAACCAAGGGGUGUCAAGAAGAAACGAGGAAGAGCGCUGCAAAAUAAGUGAAAUUCCAAUGGGGAGUGAAAAAGAUAUCACCGAUUUUAUGGAUGGAGACACAGAAGGAAUGCAGACGGAGAAGGAAGUAAGUCUAGAUGAAGGCCAGAUUGUAUCAGCAGAACAGGAAGAGGAGUUUUAUAAAACAGAGGUAUUAUCUGCAGGAAAUCAAGGUCUUCCUGGUGAAUGCCUCGUUAAAAAUGAAGAGCUUGAUUAUGAGGUUUCACCAGAAGAUGCAGAACUACUAUCAGUGGAAAAUGAAGAUCCUGAUGAUGAAGUGACAGUAGAAGGGAAAGAUAUUGAUGAUGACGAUGUGUCAGUGGAAGAUGAAGAUCUUGAUGAUGAGGAUGUGUCAGUGGGAGAUGAAGAUCUUGAUGAUGAGGAUGUGUCAGUGGGAGAUGAAGAUUUUGAUGAUGAGGAUGUGUCAGUGGAAGAUGAAGAUCUUGAUGAUGACGAUGUGUCAGUGGGAGAUGAAGAUCUUGAUGAUGAGGAACUGACAGUAGAGGAUGAAGAUCUUGAUGACGCAAUGUUAGUGGAGGAAGAAGAUCUUGAUGGUGACAAGGUGUCAGUGGAAGGUGACGAUUUUAAUAAAAACAUAUCAUUGGAAAAUAAUCUUCAUUCUGGUGACAAUCUAAAUGAAAAUAAGGAUUUUCAUCAUGAAGACUUGUCAGUGAAAGAUGCAGAACUUGUUCAAGAUGUAUCACGGGAACAUGAUGAUAUCAAUUAUGCUGAGGUGUCAGUUGAAGAUCAAACUGAAAAAUAUGUAUCAGUCGGUGAUGAAGAACUUGACAGAGAUCGGUCAGUGGAAAACAAAGGUCUAUAUGGUGACAAUCUAAAUGAAAACGAAGGUCUUGAAAAUGAAGAAUUGCCCAUAGAAGAUCCAGAACUUGCUGAAGAUGUAUCACCGGAACAUGAUCAUAUAGAUUAUGAUGAGGUGUCAGUUGAAGAAGAGGCUGGUAAAUACAUAUCCGUGGGUAAUGAAGAACCUGCCAGAGAUAAGUCAAUGGAAAACAAAGAUCCUUAUGUUGAGAACCUAACUGAAAAUUAUGACAGGUUGUCAGUGGAAAAUAAUGAUCUUGAAAAUAAGCUGUCACUGAAAGAUGAAGAUCUUGAUGAAGAAGCACUGUCGAUGGAAAACGGAGAUCGUAUCGACGAGGCAGGGAAAGAGGCCCCCGUAGGUAUGGACCCCGAAGAGUUGACAUUGGAGACAUCAACAGGCAAGAAAGACGAUCUUUAUGAUCGAGGGGAAGUGUUUUUUAUAGAAAGGAAAGAUGAGCACCGGGAUGGAGGGAAUGAAACACUGAAGGAAAGAGAAGAUCUUGAAGAAGGAGUGGAGGCGGUCUUCGGGGGACAGGAUUUAAAAACAGACGUGCUUAUUCGAGGGGACAUUCAUCUCCACACUGACAGAACGGCAGCUGGGGCAGAGACAGAGAGAGAUGUGAAAGACAUGGAGGAGGUGCACAGGGAAGAAGGGAAGUCUGUGGAGGGAGGUGGUCCUCCGGGCGGGGAGAACCCCGAUCGCGAGGCGGAGGAGGACAGUGUCUCCGCGGACUCCCUGACGGACGACGAGAUGGAGCUGCACAUGCGCAGCGUCAACUCCGCCCACAAGCAGCAGCUGGCCCGCGGGUCGCCCGGCAACAGCAGAACCCCGCCCCUCGGUGGCGCUAAGAGGCCGUCGUCGAGCAGGGCCAGGCCCCCCCUCGCGAAGCUGUCCUCCAUCAGCGAGUCCCUGGACGAGGACGAGGACGCGGACGCGGCGGAGGAGGAGGAGUCCGACCUCCCCCCGGAGGAGACGCCAGGAGAUCACGACGCCAUCGAGCCGCUUCCCGUCGAGAAGGCGGACGACGCGGCCGCAACGUACCCGUCCUCGUGUGAGGAGUCGGCCAUUUUAGGUCGCCUGGGGAGAGCCGUUUUGUACGCCCUCCUGUGCGUGCUGUUCUUCGUCACGGCUUACCAUCACGACUUCCUGGCCUGCUUCGCGCUUUACUUGUUCUCGGUGUUCUGGCUGUGCUUCCACGGAGAAAAGCAACGUUUGCAAGACGCCAACAGGGCGGAAUAGGAGCCGGGCCGUUCGCUUGGGCUUCGCGGAGAGUUUUCGAUUGGUCCACCUGCCCAAGAGACCGAAUCUGUGAAGCAAACAUUGAUUUGAAGCAUUUCCAACCUUCAAACUCAGGUUGUAGGGUGGGUGGACUCAAUCUAUUGGUUUAUCAAUCAACAUAAUCAUGCACCUUAAAUUUAAACCUGUCUAUAUCAGGUAACGCCAAUGACCAAAACAGAAGGAUCGACACGAUCAAAGUAAGCAAACUGAUACAAUGAAAAACCCCAUGCAUGAAUACAGUGCAAGAAGCAAGCAUUUGAAUGAAAGAGUGGACAAAGGAAUUAAUCAAAUAUCAAUAAUCAAAUAGGUCAUGCACGGAAAGCUGACAGAGGUUGUAACUGAAAAAUCUGAAAGGCAUUUUUACAUGAUUGCUGUAUUUUGCAGUGCAGUGCUUGCCUAGGUCUUCGGUGGCCAGUUAUCUUGAGUAGUUGUUUAUUUUGUGCACUCACAUUUCUAUGAAUGGAGUUGUAUGUGUGAGUGAUUAUUAAUGGCUAAUAUUUUCGUUGGCUGUAGGAUACAGUUGUCCUAAGGAGCAUAAUCAUGUCUUUUUCUGAAAGAUUUUACUCUUUCAACAUGUUCAGAUCUGCCACGGACAAAGAUCACGUCAGGCGUACCUUAAACUGCAGCCUUAUUUACACACUGAAAAGCUACUUGAUUCUGUGAAUAAAAAUCAUAUUUUUAAAAAUCCAAUGGUACUGCAAGAGAUAGUGAUAUUUUUCUAUUAUUAUUUUUCCACUGGCGGCAAUAUAAAGGGAUGGCAUCAGUGUGCAAAUGAGGCUGUCCACUUAUGCAAAUUUGUGAGCUGAGAACCAUCCGCUUAGCUCAAAAAACUGAGGUAAUGGUGUCACUAAACUGCACUGUCAUCAUUGGGUACUGAAUUGUUGUCGUUGAAAUGUUUUAUUAGUGGAUUAUACAAUCAAUUCACUACAACAGAAACCAUAGAGUACAACGUCACCCUGACGAGAGGUGUCAUUUCUGUAAUGUUCAAAGGACCAUUGAGUGAAUGGAUUGUGGGUAACUGAAUUAUGUUUUUUUUUUUCUUCUUUUUAUUACUGUGAAUGUGCAUGAUUAUUUAAAUGGAUCUAAAUCAUAUUGUUUAUACCAGUGCUUUAUAGAAUCGUUGAUUCAGUUAUAAUCCUUGGACAUUGUUUAACUAGCUUUUCUCAGCAACCAUUAAAAACAUUGAGAGUAUGAAAUAACUCCA